AUGGAGAAUACGUUACAAAAUCGUGGUAGGAGUUGCUCGAGGGAUGCUUUACCUGCAUUCUCCAGAGUCAUACACCGUGAUCUGAAAGCCUCUAACAUCUUAUUGGACAUGGAUAUGAAUCCAAAAAUUGCUGACCUUGGCAUGGCUAGGAUUUUUGGAGCAGAUCAAAUUCAGAGAACUACAAAUGGUUACAUGGCUCCAGAAUACGCAUUGAAGGGACAAUAUUCAAUCAAAUCAGAUGUUUAUAGUUUUGAAGUACUAGCUUUAAAAAUUAUGUGCGGAAAGAGGAAUACUACUUUCCAACAACUAAGCUACGAGGAUGAUCUUCUAAGUUAUGUUUGUUAUGUGUUCAAAAAAUCUGCAUACAAAAGGCCUACUAUGGCAUUUGUAGUUCGUAAGUUGGAUAGUCACUCGACAACUCUUCCGGAGCCUGAACAACCCGGUUUUUUCAUCAGAGAUGGACUAGACAUCGGAUUAAGUCACCUAACAAGCAACUCGAAUACAAGAUCUGUUAUUGAUGUAUCACUGACAGAAGUUGAACGGAGAUAG